CAAGCCGCUUCGGCCAAGGACCGCAUCCCCCCCGCCCCUCCCCACGCCCGCGCACGCGCCCCCUCCGCGCCGACCGUCGGCGAUGGCCGCGCCCAUGCGCACCUUUGGCGCCGCCGUCGCCCGCUCCGCCGGAGCCGGGGCCAGGCUGUCCUUGGGGUCUGCCGUGACCCCGCGGCAGGCGGGCUCGGUCGCGGCCGCCGCCGCGGCCCCGCUCGGGGGCGAGCGCACCCCGAAGACGCCGCGCACGCCGGCCAACUCGCUGGGGGCCCUCACGCCGAAGACGCCAGCGCGCUCCGUCGGCGCCGCAACGCCCGCGCGCUCGGUGGGCGCCGCGACGCCCGGGGGCGGGGAGGGCUUAUCGUUCUUCUCCGAGGCCACUCCAUCCCGCGGCGAGAGGAGGGUCGCUUUCUCGGAGGUGGCGGCCGAGGAGCCCCGCGGGGGUGCCCCGGGCGGCGCCCUGGGCCAACCUUCAGCAGCGGCGCCCGGGGCCGCGCGCUCCCGGGCGGCGCUGCGCGGGCGCCUGCCAGUGCUGCUGGGCGGGCGCGAGGGCGAAGCGGAGGGCCCUGCGCAGCGAGGGCCCACGGCGGUCCGCCAGUCUGUGCCGGAGGAGGUGCUGGCGGCCACGAGCGCCCGCGAGGCAUUUCUCGCGAGGGCCGGCAGGAUCGGAAGCCGCAGGGUGUGAGGGCAGCAGGCUCGAGAGCUGUCGCGUGCGCAUCGCGAGGGCUUCGGUGCAUGCGACGGUCGAGGGAAAAAGUGAAGCAACACUCCCCCCCUACCCCGCAUACGUUCCCUGGGUACCACUCGUUCAAACCAUAGGUUCUGUAUGAGUGUUGCUUAAUUAACUGUUUCCGACACCUGGAAUUCGCCCUUGAUGGGCGCGCGCAGACGGCGCGCAUGCCACCGCAGACGCUGCGCCCACCCAGCUGCCGAGGAAUGGCAGCGGUGACUGUCAGCAGUGCCCUGAAGCGGGGAGGAGGGGGCCUCCUCCUCCUCCUCCUCCUCCUCCUCCUCUUCCUCGUCCUUCUCCUCCUCCUCCUCCUCCUCCU